CGCCUAACUUGAAGUAUGAUUUACUUAUAUUUUUACAUUGAUAUUAUUUGAGUAAAUGUAGACAAAAAAAUAAAUGAAUAAUAAGUAGAACAAAUGUUAAUUUAAAAAAAUCCCACAGCCAACGGUUUUUAAUCAGCAACAAAGAAACUGCGCCUUUUGCCGAUGACAAACACCUCAGAAACUCCUCAAAUUUAUGAAUAUUUACACACACAAUAUGAUUUUAUUUCCUUCCUACAAAAGUAUAACAUAUUAGACAAAUUCUCAGUGAAAUUUAUUUAACACCAUUGCAUACUUUUUAUCGUGUUGCAUACCAUGUAAAGGGAAACAUGAUAAUAUAAAAAGUAGACUAUGUACAGUAAUGCAGAAAAGCGCAUCACAACCAUCUUAAAGCUAUUAAAACGUUCAGAUGCAAAAAUGAACUAAAUGUAAAAUUAGAUAAACUAGUUAAUGAUAUUGCGUAAAUGCUCUCUUCAAAGGUCUUGGCAAAUUAUUUUGUUAUAAGACUCAGUUAUCAUACAUCACGUCUCUUCUACUGUAAGUGCACGGAAAAAAAUAAGACAAAUGAUGCGCGUUUGAGUCGGAUUUUUAUGAAGAAUAUGUGACUUUUAUGUAACUGGCAAAAGAAAACUUCGCCAACGCAAUGUACAGUAGCGGAGUGGCCAUCGGGAGAGUCGGGACAUUAUCAUCAAAAACUUUUAUGACAAAAAUUAUAUUUAAAUGAAAUAUUCUUACAGUUAUUAAAAGAUGCACAUAUUAUUCCAUUACUCCCGUUUAUGAGCACGAUCAUCUCUUGUCUCGCUCUGUUAUGUUAUAGCUGUUUGAUAGCUGCGCAUCUCCGUCUUUCAAACAGGUAUCAUUUUGUGUAGUUACUCAUUUAGGAAAAUUUGGCAUGAUUUAAUGAUUUUAUUAUUUUUUUUUUGUUGUUGUUGUUGCAGAUUACGAUUUGUAUUACCCCAGUUUUACUACCAAUACGAGACACAUUGUUUUUACCACGGAGGGCCGGUGGUAUACGAAAUUUCCCGGUAAAUUAUUUGGUCCCACUCCGCCCCUGGCAAUGUUUGCCAAAAAGCCUGCAUUUGUAUGACAUCAAAGUCUUUCGCCUAAACACUGAUAAUCCGUGUCAUGUUACUUCAAUAUCAUACAGUCUACGCUCAGCAUGAAGUCGAGCGCACAAAUUGCCGUCAGUAUGGCCUACAUGAAACACGACUGCCCUCUACAGGUUUUUUUAUUUCCAGCGUCCCCCACCGAACACCCAUUCUGCAGAAUGCCGCAGAAUUUCGGAAGUGCUCGCGGCAUUCUGCUCUCAGAGACGCGCAUUUUUAAAGGGCACAUCUGUAUGAGGAUCCGGCUUACUUCAUACUCGUCAUGGACCGGCCUGAUCCUUGCAUGACCUUGCAUGAGUUUAUAAAACUUCAACGAGGUCUGCUGGAAUCAACAGCACGCAUCCUAAUGCGUCAGGCAGUCAUGGCUGUAAAACAUUGCUUUAAGCAUGAGACUUUUCAUACUGACCUCCACGCUGGCAACUUCCUCGUGGAUAAAAACAACAUGCUGCUGAAGCUGAUCGACUUUGGGUGCUGUGACCGAUUAAGAGACACGGCCUAUGCAUAUGAAGAGUAUUUGGGGGCACCGGCUUAUCGGCCACCUGAGGUCCGCAACAGGGGCAGAUACCACGCCAUGUCAAGCAGUGUCUGGUCUCUGGGAACUCUGCUCUAUUAUAUGGUUAAUGGAAACUUGCCCUUUCCCAAAUAUGGGCCAGUAACUGAAGGCAUGAUAAACCACGAGAAUGACUAUUUAACAAAGCGGAAAAAACAGCAAAAUCUGUUAAAAGACAUUGGGGAAGAAGAUAAAGAGCCCCUUUGUUCACUGCUUAGGGAGGAACAAAGUGGUACCUUUCAUACCCUCCCCAGAGCUGAAACCGGGGAAUCCGGGGAAGGCCAAUGAUGAUCUGGACAAAUCACAGAUGAAGACCAGUUCCGGGAUGAAAACUGAUGAGGAUAUUGCCCAUCCCGUGGCACUAAUCACCUACAAAGCUUUUAAUGGCCUAGCACCCUCAAAUCUUGGAGAACUACUAUCAACCUGCAUUAACGACGACAGUGGGGCCUCCAGCCUUAGUCAAACGGGUUGGCACGUAUGGUCGGGUUGCGAUUUUGGCGCUUUCGUGUAUCUUGCGAAUAGUAUGCCAUACAGACCCGUUUGCCACUGAACCUGCAUUAACGACGACAGUGGGGCCUCCAGCCUUAGUCAAACGGGUUGGCACAUAUGGUCGGGUCGCGAUUUUGGCGCUUUCGUGUAUCUUGCGAAUAGUAUGCCAUACAGACCCGUUUGCCACUGAACCUGCAUUAACGACGACAGUGAGGCCUCCAGCCUUAGUCAAACGGGUUGGCACGUAUGGUCGGGUUGCGAUUUUGGCGCUUUCGUGUAUCUUGCGAAUAGUAUGCCAUACAGACCCGUUUGCCACUGAACCUGCAUUAACGACGACAGUGGGGCCUCCAGCCUUAGUCAAACGGGUUGGCACGUAUGGUCGGGUUGCGAUUUUGGCGCUUUCGUGUAUCUUGCGAAUAGUAUGCCAUACAGACCCGUUUGCCACUGAACCUGCAUUAACGACGACAGAGGGGCCUCCAGCCUUAGUCAAACGGGUUGGCACGUAUGGUCGGGUUGCGAUUUUGGCGCUUUCGUGUAUCUUGCGAAUAUGCCAUACAGACCCGUUUGCCACUGAACCUGCAUUAACGACGACAGAGGGGCCUCCAGCCUUAGUCAAACGGGUUGGCACGUAUGGUCGGGUUGCGAUUUUGGCGCUUUCGUGUAUCUUGCGAAUAGUAUGCCAUACAGACCCGUUUGCCACUGAACCUGCAUUAACGACGACAGUGGGGCCUCCAGCCUUAGUCAAACGGGUUGGCACGUAUGGUCGGGUUGCGAUUUUGGCGCUUUCGUGUGUCUUGUGAAUACUAUGCCAUAAAGACCCGUUUGCCACUGAACCUGCAUUAACGACGACAGUGGGGCCUCCAGCCUUAGUCAAACGGGUUGGCACGUAUGGUCGGGUUGCGAUUUUGGCGCUUUCGUGUGUCUUGUGAAUACUAUGCCAUAAAGACCCGUUUGCCACUGAACCUGCAUUAACGACGACAGUGGGCCUCCAGCCUUAGGGGCCAGUCACACCAAAAGCGCUUUAAACUAGGGAUGCACCGAAUCCAGAUUUUUUAGGUUCGGCCGAAUCCCGAAUCCACCGUUUAAGAUUCGGCCGAACCCGAAUACCGAAUCCUACUUGCAUCCUUAUUCCAUUAACACAGUAAAGCACAUUAAUGAAGUAAACAACGUCCACAGCAGUGUAUUUUUCAUUUUAUUUAAUUUUAACUGUACAUUAUGCAUAAUGAAAGCGAUGCGUUGGGAUACGUUCGUUUUUCCAAUAAGCAAGCAGCUCCGCGCUGAAAACCAUAUUCAACUUUGAGUGAGAAGCUCCCCUCGUCAAUGUCACAGUCUUCACACGGCCAUCCAAUUACAGUGGAGGAGGGGCGGGACAUUACCACAGCAACCAACCGGCUCACAGCUGAAGCAUCACACCUACCAAGCGCUCGGCUGAAAAACAGCUGGCAUUUGGCGUCCUCAAGGCGUUUUCAGCCGUGUUUAAAGGUUUUGGUGUGUCCAGCUCCUAAGGCUCACCGAAAGAAAAAGCUCAUCUCCACGUCAGCACCCGAUGUGUGUAAUCAACGGCCGCGUGACGUCGACCAGCGUAGCGCAAGCCUAGGGUUCGGUUCGGUGGAAAAAAAAUAUAGGAUUCGGCCGAACCCGAACCCCGUCAAAAAGCCCAGUAUUCGGCCGAAUCCGAAUCCUGGAUUCGGUGCAUCCCUACUUUAAACGCUUGUAAACGCAAGGCGCGACGCACUGCCUUUUAAAAAAAAGAGCAGUGCGAUGCGGCUUUUCAUAUUGCUAAGCAACCACCGAGUUAGCUGUCUUGUCAAUCAAAUAUUGAAGCGUGAACGCUCUUUUGCUGUUAACUGUCAUAUUAGCAGAAACUUUAAAAAGAGGACGCUUGCUCUGACCUUGUUUGAGGAUGAGAGGUGCACAAACACGAGGAGAGAGGGAGUGAGUGAGUGGAGUCCGGUUCUUCAAAGCAACUGUAAACUUCCCUCACCACAACGUAAGGCCCGCCUCUCCCCUGAUUCGAUUGGACAAUGGAAGACGCGAAUGACGUCAGGCGCUUCGUCGCUCUCAGCGCUCCUUUAAAAACACGUGCGCGGCAGGCGGCAAAAAACCGCAAGGCGCUCGGCGUGCAUAAACAGCCCGCAAACGCGCCCUGCCCAUAGAAUAUCAUUCAAAAAAGGCGCCUGCAACUGCCAUAAACACUUUUGGUGUGACUGCAGCCUUAGUCAAACGGGUUGGCACGUAUGGUCGGGUUGCGAUUUUGGCGCUUUCGUGUAUCUUGCGAAUAUGCCAUACAGACCCGUUUGCCACUGAACCUGCAUUAACGACGACAGUGGGGCUUUCGGCCUUAGUCAAACGGGUUGGCACGUAUGGUCAGGUCGCGAUUUUGGCGCUUUCGUGUAUCUUGCGAAUAGUAUGCCAUACAGACCCGUUUGCCACUGAACCUGCAUUAACGACGACAGUGGGGCCUCCAGCCUUAGUCAAACGGGUUGGCACAUAUGGUCGGGUCGCGAUUUUGGCGCUUUCGUGUAUCUUGCGAAUAGUAUGCCAUACAGACCCGUUUGCCACUAAACCUGCUUUAACGACGACAAUGGGGCCUUCAGCCUUAGUCAAACGGGUUGGCACAUAUGGUUGGGUCGCGAUUUUGGCGCUUUCGUGUAUCUUGCGAAUAGUAUGCCAUACAGACCCGUUUGCCACUGAACCUGCAUUAACGCUGACAGUGGGGCCUCCAGCCUUAGUCAAACGGGUUGGCACGUAUGGUCGGGUUGCGAUUUUGGCGCUUUCAUGUGUCUUGUGAAUAUGCCAUACAGACCCGUUUGCCACUGAACCUGCAUUAACGACGACAGAGGGGCCUCCAGCCUUAGUCAAACGGGUUGGCACGUAUGGUCGGGUUGCGAUUUUGGCGCUUUCGUGUAUCUUGCGAAUAGUAUGCCAUACAGACCCGUUUGCCACUGAACCUGCAUUAACGACGACAGAGGGGCCUCCAGCCUUAGUCAAACGGGUUGGCACGUAUGGUCGGGUCGCGAUUUUGGCGCUUUCGUGUAUCUUGCAAAUAGUAUGCCAUACAGACCCGUUUGCCACUGAACCUGCAUUAACGACGACAGUGGGGCCUCCAGCCUUAAUCAAACGGGUUGGCACGUAUAGUUGGGUUGCGAUUUUCGUGUAUCUUGUGAAUACUAGUGCUGUGUUCAAAAUAUCGAUACGACAAUACAUCGUCAUGGACGCCUGACGAUGCGCGCAUCGAUACAGCACCUUCCGUAUCGAUUCGGAUGCACUGUUGAAAGUAACAUGACGAAUCGCUGUUGAUCUGUGAUCCAUAUGGAAAGGACGCAUGUAUCCCGCCGAGUAGGCUACGUAGACGUAAAGGUAGCGGGGUAUACUUUCACUUUGCGUGUCUGUCUCGCUGGCGCACGUGUCUGCAUAGCGAGCCGCGUACUCGCGCGCUCUCUCUCUCGCGUGCGCGUAUUUAAAAUUAAUGAGUUCAGUAUGAAAGCGCAGAUAUCAGCCUAUACUACUGCAAAGGGCUUUAUUAGCCACACUUUUAUAAAACAGUACUAACGCAUUUGAGGAGAAACACGACAAAGAUUUGUCUGUGAAAAGUGUACGUCUGGAGAAGAGAUACAGUAUUAAGUAUGACUGCAUGUUUAUAGAUAUAUUCAUAGAUAUAGAAUAAUGAGAGACAAAUAUAAUGCCUAGAGUAAGGCACCAUCUUUGUAAAACUGCUUUUAAAAAACAUAAGUUAAGUACUAACUCUGGGAUUUUAAAUAUUUCUAUGAGUUACCCCAGAAGCUAAUAAAUUAAUGGCAAAAACACAACUGUUAAAACACUGCUUAUUCAAUGUACAAUAAACAGAUGAUGAUAAUAAUAAUAAUAAUAAUGUUACUAAAUUCUGAACAAAAAUGUAAUUCAAAAUAGUCUUGUAUCGUGAUGCGCAUCGUAUCGUAGCCCUUGUAUCGGGAUACAGAUGUGGUCUUUAAAAAUGCGCGUCUCUGAGACCAGAAUGCCGCGAGCACUUCCGAAAUUCUGCGAGAU